AUGGAUAUACCGGUGCCACAACAACCUCCUGCUCAGCCCUUGGAAGAUGAAGAACCUCCUCCUCCUCAGCCCUUGGAAGAUGAACAACCUCGUCCUCAGCCCCUGGACACAAAUAUCUCAGCUUUUUAUCUUCUUUUAAUUUGUUUUUCUUUGUUCUAUAUUGUGGUUGGUCGCCAUCCACCACCACGACCUCAGCUGUUCGUCAAUUUCUGGGGAAAUGAACUAAGCAACGGCUUCGUGAGCCAUGUAGUGAAGGCCUUGGAAGACGCAGGGGUCAACGUUUUCAAAGAUAGCAAUGAGCUGAAAGUAAGAGACACUGAAACUAUCAUCAAGAAGAUCGACAACUCAAAAAUCGCACUUGUGAUAUUCUCUGACCGGUUCUCGGAGUCAGAAUGGUGCUUAAAUGAGGUGGUAAGGAUGGCUAAUCGUGUGAAGGACAGCAAACUCAGAGUGAUCCCUGUCUUCUACAGGGUGAGCACAUACGACGUCAAAAAUUUCAAAGGUAAAUUUGGAAGCGCUUUUGAAGAAACGGUGCAGAAACAGUCAGCUGAAGUGAAGCAUGUGGCAGAACUUUGGAUGGGCUCUGUGAAGUCUGUUUCCUCCAAACCCGGCCUCACCUCAGAAAUACACAGCGUUGAUAGUAAUCUUGUGGACGCGAUUGUUGAGGAUGUUAAGAGACAGCUACCUGAAAUAUUCACUAAAAGUAAUUUGUUCAUUCUAGAAGAGCUCUUUUUCGCUCUUGUUUUGGCUGCUCUCUCUAAGUUCGUAGCACCUCUAGUGUUCGCGGACACGAGUUUCUUCGAGACUCCUCAAUGGUUUGUGGGUGUUUCGCUUUUAGUUCUAGUCCACAGGAGGUACUUCUGA